AUGAAUAAGCAAAUACAAAUUGAAUAAAAAGGAGAAGAGCUUAUAAACAAUUUUAUAAGUACAUGGACAUAAAAAUAUUUAUAUUAAACAACUUAUUAAACAUAUAAUACAUUUGGACAUGUAUUUAUGACAGAAUUCAGUUUGCCUUUAAUAAAUAAACCAAUUCCCAAAGCCACUGUUAAGGUUUAUUUUUACCUAAAUGAAGAUGAAUCAUCUGUUACUGGAUUUAAUUUAAAAUUUAGAUUUGAAAGCGAUUCUUUAAUUCAUAAUCCUUAAAGAACAUUGAGAAUUAGUUAAAUGGAGAAAUGGUUAGAAAAAAUUUUAGAAAAAAAAGCUAUGACUAGCUAAAUAUUAUUUUUAGGAACCGAAUUCGAAGCUACAAGAAUAAAAGAUCCUAGAUUGGAUAAAAUAUUUGAAGAAUUGAAUUACCAUGAAGAAGUAAUAGAAGAUAAAUAUUUAUCCAAAUAAUUGCUUUAAUUCCCUGAAGAAUUAGAAGUAAACGAAGAAUUUGUAAAUGAGGACGAAUAAAUAGAAGUAAUGAAAAAAGCCUUAUUUGAUGUAUUUAGAAGUGUAGAUUAAUAAGACAUGGGAGUUCUAAGUUUUAAUGAAUGUAUGCAAGUUUAUAAUUUAAUGGGAUUAUAAUUAAGUAAAGAAUAAUGGCAAGAAUUAAUGAUAAUGGCAGAUAGUAAUUAAAACGGAAUAAUAGAAUAUAAGGAAUUUAUUCCUUUAGGUGCUGAAAUUAUACACGGAAUAUUUAUGAAAAAUCAAGCUAAAAAAAGCUUGAGAGAAGGCGAAGAAGAAUAUUUACAUUAAUCAAUACUAAUAUUAUAAAAUGAUGAAAUGCAUUCGACUAUAAAAUAAUUAAUUUAAAAAUGUCGAGAAUUUGAUGAAGAUGAAUUAACUUAUAUUUCUUCAGAAAAUUUAAUUAAAAUAUUUUAAGAAUUUGGUGAUUAAUUUUUUAAUAAAAGUGAAGGUGAAGAAUUAAUGAAACAAAUUUGCAGAGAUUAUCCCGAUAAUGAUAUUCCUUAUGAAAAACUUUACGAUAUUUUAUUAAAUUUCAGAAUAGUUAUUUUAAAAAAUGGGUUAAUGGAAAGUUAAUUGAAUAAUCUGGAAAUUUAUAUUAGAGAUAUUUGUAAACCAUAUGAUACUGAAAAUAAGGGAUUUAUAUAUAUUGAUGAUUUAAUGCACGAACUUAAAAAAUCCAAAGAAAUUAUUUUAACUAAAACAUAAACUUAUAUAAUUAAAAGCUUUAUUGAUAAAGAUGAAAAUAAUAUGGUCAAUUAUUUAACAGGAUCAAGAAUUCUUAGUUUAAUGAUAAAAAAAUUUUUUACACCUAAUAUGAUUAAGAAAAAAUUGAGAAUAUAAAAUGAAGGAAUUAUUCCAUAUGAUAAAUUAAUGAAAGGAUGGACAUAUGAAGAACUUAAGAGUGAUUUAGAAUAAUUGUAUAAUUAAUUUUCCACUGAUCAAAAUCAAAAACUUGAUUUCAAAUAAUUAAAAAUUAUGAUGAGGAAAUGUAGAUUUAGAAGCACUGAUGAAGAAAUUCAAAAUUAUAUAUAGGAAUUCGGAUAAGACGGUGUUAUAUAGACUUUAGCAUAAAUUUGA